AUGUUAAAAGUAUUUUUAUUGAUUGUGAUAUUUAAUCAUGUGAAUAAUAAAGAAUCAAAUUCAAAUGAGCCAAAAGUAUGGUCAUUUUGGAGCGAGUGGUCGGGAUGCAGCGUUACUUGUGGAAUCGGACAUAUAAAACGUACGAGAUAUUGUUUAGUUGGAGAUUGUGGGUUGGAUGAAAAACAAUCGCAAUUAAAAACUUGUACUUUGGCUGCGUGCGAAACUCAAAAAAGUAAUGCUAAAGUUUGGGACAAUUGGGGCAAGUGGUCAUGCUGCACCAAAACAUGCGGUCCAGGUAAAAUGACAAGGUGGAGACACUGCAUUUCUGACGGGUGUUCUAUGGGAGAAAAAGAAGCUCAAAUAAAAAAGUGUCAAUACAGAUUGUGUAACAAUUAA